UUCUCUGUGCUAUUCACAACAAGUUUACAAAGGACUUGCUGGUCAGUGGUUUUAGUUAGGAACUGGACAUCAUAAUACUGUAAAUAUCUGAAGACGUCUGAUGAUUUUAAACCUUUAAAAAAUGGCUAACCAUAAUUUCAGUAGCGAUGCUUUUCUCAUUGAGGCAGUUACCUCAAAGUUACCUGACCAUUUGUCUAUAGUGAUAGAGAAUCUCCAUUUCGAAAGAAAUCUCUAUUCACAAAACGCCAAAGACCUCUGCCUACUGGUUUCCGCAGAGAAUGGCUCCAGAGUUUUGUUGCAGGCUCUUCUAGAGGCCGGCGCCAACUUGGAAUGCAGAGAUGCCAAAGGGAACACGCCUCUGAUGAUUUCGGUGAUAAACAACCAGCUCGGCAGCACCCAUCUCUUCUUGAGCAGAGGCGCGCAGGUCAACGCUGUCAACAACUCUGGAGACACUGCGCUCAUCCUGUCCACGUACUUUACCGCCACACACACCGCCACCAGACUUCUGCUGCAGACGACAGGCAUUAACAUAGAACACAGGAACGUGAACGGGUUCAACGCUCUGGAGUGUGCAACUCAGGCAAUCAACGUAGAGGCUAUGUAUCUUCUGAUUCAGGCCAACGCUCACUGCCAGUUGGUGCCACUGGAUGGUCUGAACGUACAAUCAACGAAUCACUCAACGAAUCACUCAACAAAUAACUCUAUGAAUCACACAACAAAUCUCAUGACAAAUCAUACAACUAAUCACUCCAUGAAUCACUUAACGAAUCAUUCAACAAAUCACUCAAUGAAUCACACAACAAAUUUCGUAACAAAUCAUACAACUUAUCACUCGAUGAAUCACUCAAUGAAUCAUUCAACAAAUCAUAUAAUGAAUCCUACAAUGAAUCCUCCACAGUCAACCCUACUCUCGUGUGCCAGAAAAAAUGCAACUCUGAAUUUGAUCAGGUAUUUCAAAAUUGAGAAAGACAAUGGUCAACUAGCACUGUCACUGGCCAUUGAGCAAAGGGACUUACGGUCAGCUAAAUAUAUAUUGAGCAUGGACAACUCGGUCUUAAACUACAGCUGUCACACGUACCUAAUGGCUGUUAUCAAUUUCAUCAAAUCUGUCAAACAUUUGAUAUUGACUAAUUUGGAAUUUAGUAUCUUUAAAUCGUUGGUCACCAACUACAUCAUGUUACGUAAAGCUCCGACAAACAAAACUCUAGAGAAUGGCGCCGUCAAGAUGGCAUUGACGCUGGGGCAUACUGCCUUCAUCCUUGUCCUUUGUGUCAAAAAGUUUUUCAUUUCUAACGAAGUCGUCGGGGAUGUUGCUGUCACUGGGAAUGUCUUUCUGCUCGGUCAUCUCGUUAAGCACGGGGGCACUGUUAACAAAGCGGAUGAGGCUGGACGUUGCCUGUACCAAGGUUCUCCCCUGGAGAGAGCUCUACGGAGUGAGCGGUUUGAGUGUGCUGACCUGCUACUCCACUCCGGAGCAUUUAUCGACAUUAGCUUGGCCUUGAAGUUGGCUGUGGACUGUAACAGUGAAAAGUGUUUUGAGUUUCUGUUCGGGAAAUUUCCACGUGAAACUUCUCAUGAGCUAACUUCAUCCAAAAUACUUCAUGUUGCUGUAUUUCAAAGGAAAGUGGACAUCAUUAACAAAAUACUAGAAAAAGGUGUCAGCGUGAAUAUGGUCUAUGAGGAUUACACGCCCUUAAUGUCAGCCAUUGAUUCCGACGUUAUGUCUCUUUUGGUAUCCAAAGGAGCUGAUGUGAAUAAGGUAACUGGUUCGAAUAUCACAUUUCGGUCUAUUCUUCAUCACUUCGUUUCCAUAAAGUAUAAAGAAUUGCUGAAGACAAAGUUCACUGGAAUGGGAGAUGCUAGCAUGAACAUUUUCCACGCAGCAUUGAUAAAGCAGUUGAUCCACCAUGGAGCGAGAAUUGAUUCUCGAGACUCUCUAGAAAGAACACCUCUAAUGCUAGCGGCUGAAACGGGCGAUUCCAGCAAGAUUAUCGAAGUGCUCUUGGAAGCUGGAGCACAGAUCAACCAACACAGCUUCAAUGGCGAUACAGCUCUUCACAGGGCGGUUCGCUGUGGUCUGGAGAGCAAUGUAGAAUGCCUUUUGCAGUCAGGUGCCGAUAUCAACGCCAGGAGUGCCAAUGGCCAGAGCGCGCUGUUCAUGUGUGGCAGCGAUGAUCUGCUGAACCUUCUUCUAGAGAAUGAUGCAGACGUGGAUGUAGAAGACCACAAAGGCAACACUGCUCUGCUGCACUACUUGAUGAAGUGGGAUGUGAACGAAGACAUCAUCGAGUCCCUGAUCGAGGCUGAUAGUGACGUGAAUCACGAGAACAAAGCAGGCAGAACGCCCUUACUUCUUGCAGCUAAAAUGUUUAAACCUCACAUCGUGUCUGCCCUCGUAGCUUCUGGAGCCGAUGUGAAUUAUUCAAUAACUGUUGGCGACAGGGAAGUAUCAGCUGUAACAAUUCUAAUGAAACGGCUGCGCCAGAACAGGCUGAACGUCAAAGAUUGUCUCACUACGUUACUGAACAACGGUUUAACACCAGAAACAAUUCCACCUUCCAUAAUCCACGCCUUGAUCUCUGUCAGCCUUUUCUCUUUGGUGACUAGGUUCAUCUCUCUUGGUAUACCUCCUACUGUAAUAGAAAUCCAUGGCCCUGUGAAUGCAUGGAUUAAAGCAAAGUACUGCAUUACUCCCCUUGAAGCAGCCAUUCUGGUGAACAACUGCCAACUGGCUCAAUAUUUAGUAGACAUCAGAUAUUUAACUUCCAGGGAUUUACAGACAUUUUCUGAAAAUAAAGAGAUGGUAGAAUAUCUUCUUGGUGAAGGUUGUCAAAACAUCGUAACAUUUCUGAAAAAGUACAGCAGACAGCCAUUUUCUCUUGAAACCUUAAGUUUCAUCGCCGUGUCUGAGACUUUUGGAGAUGAUCCUGAGAGAUCCGAUGCAAUAAAGUCCUGCUUGCUUCCCCUGCCACUGCAAGACGCCUUGCUGUUUAAGAAAGUCUCACGCGACAUGACGGAUACGGUGAUGAGUAAUCGAUUCCUACUCAGAUCUUCACUUCAGCAAGCAAGACUGUGUAGCUUGUACGAUUUAUAUGCAGACAUGAACAACGAAUACAGCAGUGAAUACGAUACUAUGAGUGAUGAUGAUUAGAGAAUCGAGUCUUAUUUUAAAAGCGUUAAGGCAUUUAAAUGAAGUGAAUGAUCUAGACUUGGUCUGUGGAACGAGCUGGUAAGGCACUCAGGCGGAGAGAUACAUUUAUAAAGAGACGAGACGAAGUGGUAAGGCACUCAGGCGGAGAGAUACAUUUACAAAGAGACGAGACGAAAUCUGGACAGCAAAAUAUUUUUUAAGACUAGGCUUUUAAAAGUAAACCAGUUCAGCCCCGUCUGUGAUAAACAGUUUACAGGAUGGUCAUUUGCUGGCCCUAGGUCACGACCAGAAUGCUAAUUAAACUUAAAUCAUUAUAAUUUUUUUUACAUAUGCUAAUUUUUAAGAAUGAACAUUUACAAUGACGUUAUGCAUAAUGACUUUAUUAAAAGGCUGUAAUGGAACUGUUAAUAAUUUUCUGAUUUUCAAUCUGUAAUGUUCUGUAGCUUGUACUCAGUUCUCGCUCCGCUUUAUAGGCUUCUAAAAUAUUCAGCCACGAAACUCUGUACUGGUUACUCUGGCUUCCCAUGGUGCUGUUGUAUUUAAUUGCAGCUAACAAACCAUUUCAAGGAGGCCAAUAUCUGGAGCUAAGAAUCCUCAACAAACUUCAAGUUCUACACAUUACAGUCAUGAUUCUUAUGGUUUAUAUAUAUAUAUUUACAUAGCCUGUAUACAUUUCAUUUUGUUAUAUACUUAGAUUUGUUUUAUUUUGAAACCAUUUACAAUUUUAUAACAAUGCAGCCAAAUUUCGUGAUGUGAGACUCUAUAAGACAUCCCUUAUUGUCUAUAUCUUACACUAAAAUAAUUAGCAUUCAUUUUUUGGUAUAAAAGAAUAUUCAUUGCUUCCAAGAGUUUGUUUUGUAUUCGUCAACUUAAAGCAAUAUAUAAUAUUAUUCUAGUUUUAUUAUCUAUUUCCAGUAAAAUUAAUCUUGUCCUGGAAAAAAUGUGGCCUAUGGCCGAUAUCCAUGGAGAGAGCUUGUUGAUUUUCGCACUGGACUAAACAAUUUCAAGGAUGCAUCAAAGGUGCCAACUAAAUAAAAAUAACAAUAAAAACUUUCAAAAAUACUUAAAAAAAAAAACCCAGCUUAUAUUAAGUGUAAAUUGUAUCAAUUAGUUUGGAUCAGUUAUGUAAUUAUAUGAAUGAUCUGCCUAGACAUAA